UGUGUGUGUGUGUAUGGCGGCUCGCGGCCACAGGGGGCUCACGUUCACUCGGUGCCGUAAUUUGUUCCAGUGAAGAAGUGAGGGCCACAACAAUAACACACAGCUAGCCACAGAGAGACGAAUAGCUAUUGGUUUUUAGCCAGUAAAUCAUAUUUCAACAUAUUUGACAAAACUUAUCGGGAUUUUUUAAAAAUACUUAAUGUUAGUUACAUUAAAGCGCCAUAUGUUAACAGAAAGUCCUGUUGCAUUCGCUGUGACGCGCUGGCGAUGAGAGCUACGUAACGCUAGCUGCACCGUUAGCUUGUUUACACUCAGCCCGGUUCUCUGGUCGGGUUUCUGUUUAAUGUCCCGCGUUUCCGGUUCCACGCGCAGACAUGGAGAGCCUCUACAAGCGGAAAAUGUUCGCAUCUAUGCGGAAAACCAAAGUGGACGCAUCAAAGAAGCGGCAGAUUGGCCUGCCCGCCUCCGUCCUGGACGACAGUGACGAAGGCUCCUUCACGUCCUCCUCCUCCUCCUCCGGAUCCCAGUCCGACUUCGAGAGCUCCCCGGGGGAGGACACCGAGCGGGAGGACCGGGGCCGCAGCGAUUCUGGGUCCACUUCCAGCGACGCCAGCCGUUCCGUGACCCGUCGAAAGCGCUCGUUCUUGGGAAGAGACAACAGCUCCUCGUCCUCCAGUCCAGGCGAAGAGGACACCACCAACGACGAGGACGGCGGCCGGAGCCAGACGAAGAGGAUGGUGCAGCCGAAGAAGCGCAGCAGGCUGCAGCGGCAGGACGAGUCCGACUCGGACCAAGUGGAGGAGACGCGGAGAGAAGAGGAGGAGAAGGAGAAGAAGAGGCAAAGACACAGCAAGCUGCUGGCGCUUUCCCGGCGGAUGAAGGCCCGGGUCCCGAGCCGAAGAGGGAGCCGCCUGAAGCAGGGUGGAGGGGGUGAGGAGUGCAAAGAAGGCGAGAAGGAGUCUGCUGGUGAUGAAGAUGUAGACGGAGGAGAAGCCACCAACAAUCAACUGGCAGGUGAAGCCGGCAGUGCAGAGGAGAAGGACGCCGAGGCGGCAAAAGAAGAAGAGCAUUAGGAGGCGAAGAAGUAGAGCCACUAGAGAUGGCCAACACAGAGUUUGAUUCUGAAGAACUUGAUACUUCAUGUGAAAAUGACUCAUAACUUCAAUUGUUUUUUUUCUGCAACAUUUUCAAAUGGAAAACAAAAACACUGAGAACUGGAGUUACAGUCAUAUUUUGUUUCCAAAGAAACAAGAGAGGAUUUUGACAGCGUCGUUGGUCGAUUACAGGAUGGUAUGAUGUGUGUUUUGUGAGGCCGGCGGCCAAUGAAAUGGGAUAUUGAUGUGACUCCUGUCACAUGAUCAGAUUUUAAUUCAGAGUGUUUUACCCCUGCUGAUAUAUCAUUUCAAGUCUGUUUUAGUUAUACAUCUCAAAGGUAAAAAUCCCUGGUAUUGAUCCUAGAUCGAUGUCUUGACAACCCAUGUUACAGCGAUAGAUGCAACUUAACACCGGUAGUUAAGCAUGGACGGUAUAUAUGACGGUAUUUGAAGUUUUCCUGAAAUAUUAAUAUAAUUGCUUCUAAAUGGGUAAAGCAUUUGUACUGCAACUGCAUGGCAUAAUUUCAGCCAGCCCGAAGGCAAUGCAAAGCGA